CGGAUGUGACUGCUUGACUCCAGACAGGCAGGCAGGAGAGCACCUCCUCCUCCUCCUCCUGUAGCAGCAGGAGCGCGCAAUGAUUCAACGCGUCCGCUGUCGACUCCUUUUUGGAUUCACGGCUCAAGCAGCUGAGGUCUGCAGUUCCUGAGUGAAGAGCUGAGAGAGACGACUGGUUUGCUUUCGCAGCAGGAGUUCUUCACCGCUUCAGCUUCCAUCGAGGGCGCUGUCUGCUCUGGUUUGAGGGGUAUUGCCCCUCUGUCGGUGUUCAGCCAGCAGCUCACCUGCAGAAACUCCUGACAAUGUCUCGCUCCCAGGCGGAGCUCCCCCGGUUGACCGGCCUCCUCGUUCUCAUUUUCCUUCUACCCGUUUUCACGUUUUCCUCAUCGUCAUCCUCCUCCUCUCACCCUCAGUGGGUCCUCCAGCGUAUCCCUGUGGUCAUCCCCCAGCACACGGAGGCUCGACCGGCCCCUCAUUUUCUGUCUCAAGCCCGCUUGGAUGUCACCUCCCCCUGUGACCCCGAAUGCCACAAGAAGGCCCCUCGUCUGAGCUACUGGGACCUGCGGAGUCUCCUGGCAUAUGAGACUCUCCACUCUAAUGGUCAGCUCACUGAGACUGCCAUUGGGAUCUAUGGCUACAACCCCAACUCUAACACCAGCCCAGCCUACUUAACUGGGUCCCCAGGCAAGGCUGAGAGGUCACAUGUCAGAAGAAAGCGCCAGAUCUUUGGCCACGAUGGGCGAUUUAGUAUUGCUGGGCAGGACUUCUUGCUUAAAUAUCCAUUCUCAGUGGCUGUCAAACUGUCCACUGGGUGUUCUGGUACACUGGUGGGAGACCGUCAUGUUCUCACAGCUGCUCAUUGUGUUCACGAUGGUAAAAACUAUGUGAAAGGAGCUCAGAGGCUCCGGGUUGGCUUUUUAAAACCUAAGCAACGAGACACACAACAGUCUUCCUUCCACCUUCUCUCCAACUUCACCAACAGUGUCGAAGGAGGUACAAGUCCCUACGCCCCACCUACCAGUGACAAAAUGAAGUUCCAGUGGAUCAGAGCCAAGCGCACCCACGUUCCCAAAGGCUGGAUAAAAGGGAAUGCUAAUGACAUAGGAAUGGACUAUGACUAUGCUUUACUUGAACUCAAGAAACCCCACAAACGGCGCCACAUGAAGCUGGGAGUCAGCCCCCCUGCUCAGGGACUGCCUGGUCGCCGAGUCCACUUCUCAGGAUUCGAUAACGACCGGCCAGGACAGCUGGUGUAUCGGUUCUGUCGUGCCGGUGAGGAGACUUCAGACCUGUUGUACCAACACUGCGACGCUCAACCCGGGGCUAGCGGCUCGGGAGUCUACGCACGGAUGUGGGAUGGUCGGCGCCGACGCUGGGAGCGGAAGGUGAUAGGUGUGUUUUCCGGGCAUCAGUGGGUGGAGCGACAAGGGGCGUCCCAGGAAUUUAAUGUAGCGGUGAGAAUCACGCCUCUGAAAUAUGCUCAGAUCUGCUACUGGAUAAAAGGAAACUUCAUGGACUGUAGGGAAGGGUGAAAACAAAAACAUGAGGACCACACAAGGGGUGUAAAACCACAGCCACUUUUGGCAUAACAGGAGCUACACUUUUCAACCCCACUGCCUGCAGCACUGAUAUGUUAACAUAAAUAUGCCAAUAUCUACACGCAGACUAGACUCAGAUCCAGUAAUGACAUUAAAUUCAUCAAACGGGACACUUUAAUUUUUGCCUUUGCUUAGUUUUUGAUCAUCACUCAAAUUUCUAAGAGAUCAAGAAAGUCUUUUUCUCCCUUUUAGAACAUUUAUCAGGAUAACUUAAGUUUUAUUUGGGCCCAUUUAAUCUGAAACAUGGACCGAUGGGGUGGGACCAGAGAAACUGUUUAUCUAAACACUGCAGCAUUUUAACUGAGCUAAUACUAAAGAUUGCACUGUUUUCUCUACUGAAAUUUAUAUUUGUGAAUGAAUGUACAAGUCAGCUACCAAAGUUGCCAACUGUUUCCUUCCAAACUUUAAACCUCUCAGUGGAAACAGUAGUUAUCUAGAAGCAUAGCAUGCUUUAUUUACAGUGGGAGGCGGGGUGGAAACAUUUUACAGUGGUUGGUGCUUCAGGACUUUUGCAAGUCUGCAGAUUACUUGGUAAAUGAAGCCGUUUGUGGAGUGUUGUUUCUUAUUGCCAAGCGCCAUCUGCUGGCCACAUAAGAACACUGCAUGUGUCCACAUGAACAUCAUGGCAACCCAAGUUAGUUUAGGCCUACAUAAGCACUUUUUACUUAUUUGUGACGUUUCUGAAGAAACCAGAAAACUGGCAGACUUAAUGAAAUAUAUGCUUUGAAAUAA